UGAUCAUCCCUCGUUUAGAAGUUCGAAGUGAAAAUAUCUGCUGUUCCUGAACAUUUUCUCAAAUAUUUAAACCACAUCAUGGUACAGCUUGAAAGAAGACGAGGUUUGCUAUUUAGCGUUAUCAUUCUGGGAGCGAUUGUCAGUGGAAGUGUGUAUUAUUACGUACGUGACUACUGGAAUAUCGAAGCCAAGGUAAAACCGCGUUUAAUAUUUUCAGCAUACAGUGUAAAUGUACAUGUACCAGUUUAUCUUGUACCACGACAAUUCUUGCUAUCGCAAGUGAUAUUUUGCCACAAAAGUUGAUAAUCUAUGACUUAGCAAACACUCAGCCAUUGUAAAUAAAGUAGUUUCAUGACUUUACGGAUGACAAUAAUGUCAGGUUCAAUAAUACUCAUAUUGAUGUGUGUAAUACUACAUACAUUGCAACUUUUAACUAAUUCUAAAAGAAAUGUUUAACUAACAAAGUUGUUCGUGCUUAGCCUGCGUAUAUCGAGUUAUGGAUGCACGCCCGAGAAGUUUGGUUGGAGAGCACGAAAGAUGCGUAAGAGGUGGUCGAGGAGCAGCCGAGAGCAACUCUAGCUUCUUGCGUGCUCUCCAAACUUCCCAAGUGCAUCCAUAACUCGAUAUACACACAGCUAAAAGCAUUAGCAAAUUCUUUUAUAACGUAGCUGACAAAAAUGCUUGCUUUUCGAUAGACUGCAAAGUUCUUGUAAGGCACGACACAGGAAAACAAAUGCUUUUAUUGGCUGGUUACAAACACUCCGCAAUCAUCUAGUUUGAAAGAAAAUUCUCUCCUUAAAAAUGAGAAAGAAAAUUUGCUUAUAUAUUCAUUAACAGUCAAUGGAAACUAAGCGGAAACAAAGGUAAAAGAGUUUUAAAGUCCACCUAAAGUUAAAAUACUCACAUGUUAGUUAGAAAACGUGGAGUAUGGUUUGAAUUCACUGAAAAGAUGUUUGUUUUCCUCGGCGAAAUCCAGAAAACUUGUUUUUUAGCAAAGACGACUCUCAUCCUACUUUUUGUUCAUUUACAAACCGUGAAUGGUUGGUCAUUACGGCUUCUUGAGAUACCUGGCAGCAGUUGUUUUUGUGAGUAAUACAAAUGUAAAUUCAUGUCUUCUUGUGUAAUUUGUCUUGUUAUUGCAAGAGAAAUUUUUCUGCAUCAGUCGGAUUGUUUGGCGACGAGAAAAGUGCUUAAUUUUUCACUAUUAAGCUUAAUUUAUAAUUAACUUACAAGUUUUGUAAAGGAUAAAGAAACGUUAAAAAUGGAGGACACUUUAUACAAAUUGGAUAUUUCCUGACACGGACCAAUUAUUUGUGGUCUUUUUUCCAGCUGAAUGUCAGUCAGCUGUGUCAAACACAGCUGAAAAUGUCAUCAGGAAAGAAAUUCUUAUUUACACACAGGUGUGCGUAAAUAAAGGUUUUGUUCAUAGCGGCUUAAUAGGACUUAUAUGGGGCAAGCAUGCGCACUAUGUUAUAUAAAUAGAUUCCUUUUUGCCUUGCUGCUGUUCAAUGUGGGUAGAAAAAAGUGGUGCAUAAGCGGCAGGCAGGAUGUUCACACCACUUUGAAUGGGCUACUUCAUUUUAUAUCCGUACCCCCCGGUUAAGGACUUAAGAUUAAAUAAAAUUGCAGACUUUCAAAACGUAUUAGUCUAUCCCCCUGAUAAAAAAAAAGUUUGUCUCCACCCCCUGAAAAAUAUGGGUCUACCCCCUUAAGAGAAUAUGGGUCUACCUCUGAAAAGUAUGGGUCCUACCCCCUGAAGAAUAAUUAUGGGCCUACCCCCUAAAGAAUAUGGGUCUACCUCUGAAGAAUAUGGGUCUACCCCUGAGGAAUUUCAUAAAAAUUAAAGCGUCACCCUCAAAGAAAGAAUCCAAGCACCAUCAUGUUACAUGUGGAUAAAACAAAGACAAUAAUUUGCUCAUGAUGACACCUUCUCAUGUUUAUAUCAGGCUAUGCAAACACAGAAAAAUUUUUGUAUUAAAUCUAAGGAAAAUUGCCAGUGAAUGGCCAACAAAAGCAUCCCAGGUGAAUUUCUUUCUGGAAAAAUUAUUGUGUUCAGAUUGGUAAAUAAGUCUCGCGUAUAAUCUAUACACAUUUUUACAGCUGUCAGGUAUCUGGGUAAUCUGUUUGUCAUGUGGUGCUAUCUGAUAAAAAAAAGACUGCUCUGCAUGCCAGGUUAAUUUUUUUGGAAAUUUAAUUGCCUGUGGGAAUCAGAGUUCUGUCUUUUUCCACAUUUUUUGCUAUUUUCUGCUUCUUGUUCAUCCAUAGCAGACAUCAAGCAAAAUAAAUUAGUUAUACUGCAAAAUCUGCAUGUAAAGACAAUCAUACAAAGCAGUUUGAAGUAAAAUUGUUUUUUAAUUAACAGCUGGAGACUGAUACAGUGUUUAAGUGCACAGGUGUGUUUCACUAACAACAAAAUGCAACAUGCUAGCAUACAAUGUACAAUGAUAAAAUGACAAAUUCAAUGAUGCACUGGGCCUAACAAUACAUGUUUAUAGAAUUUUGUCCCACUUGCUUGUCACAAUGAAAAAUUCCUUUUUCUUAAUGUAACCAUUAUGAUUUCUUUUAAAAUUUUAGGAAGCCCGUGUUGCUGAACUUGAGAAAUUGAUAAAAGAUAAACAGACCAGAGUGAAAGCAUUACAAGAAAGCAUUGAUGGCAAGAAAUAAACUGAACGUAAUUGGGGAAACUGCUGCUUUUUAAGAAGAAGAUACUGAGGAUGACUUGACUUGACUUACACAGUUUCUGUCGAAUAAAGACUUCAAGAGCAAGUUAAAUGUUUGUACAUGUAAAAGUAUUGAAUAUGAUGGUGUUAGAGGCUUGAUAAAUUCGUUAAUUACAGUUCUUGUUCUUCUCUUUGUACAAUGUAAGCUUUAUCCGGAAGCAUUGCCGAAGGUUUAUGUUCUAGGUAAAAUCUAUUCCCUUGUCUAAAUCCAUUGUUCAAAAUAGUUGGAUUCACAAUUUUCCUUCUUGUCCUAUCUCUAAUAGUUAGGGCUAUGAAACAAUGAAAAAUAAUUAACAAUUAUUCCUUGAGCGUGAAUGGGAUCUGAGUCAAUAGCCCAUGAGGCCGAAGGCCGAAUGGGCUAUUAACUUAGAGGCCAUGAGGGCUCAAGGAAUAAUUGUUUUAGUAAAAUCCAACUAGUUUGUCAAAAAUAUCGAGACAAAACAACUUUAACUAGUUAAAGCUAGACUUUAAUCCUUUUUCACUGCCAAAAAGCCGGCGAUUUUCGCUACUAGCAGGCUAUAACAUCAUAUAGCCCAGUAGUAGCUCAACCAAUCAGAACACAGCAUUGAUAAUAGACCACUAGUUGGAUUUUAUUAACAGGAGACAAACGAAAUUCUGAUUUAACCUGAGAAGGGAUUUUACCUACAACAUUUAUCACGUAAUGUUUGGAAGACCUUUAAGAAAAAUGCCUUAAAUUUUCUUUUUUUUGAAAAUUAAUAAACUCAUAUCAGUUUUAGUAAGCUUUUUUUGCUGAAGCAGUGCUUGCUGCAUUGUUAAUCAUUGUAUACUAUUGUAUGCCUUACCCCUGCCCCCUACCCCAUGCAUCAUCUCACCACCUCAAUACAGCUUUAGGUCAGUUAUAAGGUUGGGUACCCCUGCUAUUACAUGUAUGUUACCAGUGGAGGUUAAGUGAUUGUCUUUAACCACAGUCUAACUUAAUCUUUGUUUAAAUUAAUGGACCCACAGUGAGCUGUCGCUGAUUUUUCUAGUUUCCAGGUAUAUGCAAAUAAUAGGCAGGGAAUUAAAGAGUUAAGAAGUUCUACGACUUUUCUUUGUUUUCCCUUGAAAGUAGCCUAGGAAAUCCUAGCCAUCAACGACAGCGGCCCUGCCUAAAUGUCCAUCGCAUACCAAAGUUGGGACCUUAAGGUUCGAUCUUCUUUUUUUGUCAGAAUUUUUCCCUUUCCUUUAUUUUGAAUACCGUAAACUGCUGCUUAUACAUGUGCGCCUUGGGCUUAUACAUCUGCAUAAGCAGGGUUGUCACUAAGAUUUCAAGUUGCCGAGUAAAUACGACAAUUAGGCGGGGAAUCAAACAGCUAGGGAUUUCUUUUGGUUCUAUUUUUCCUCUGUUUUCCUAUGAAAGUAGCCGGGGGCCAUGUUCUUAAUAGCCGGGGAAAAUCCCCGGCCCCCGGCUCUUAAUGACAGCCUGAUAAGUGGUUUUAGUCAGGAGGGCUUAUAAACGGAGUGGCUUAUAUCCAUGGCGACUUAUAACUGCAAUAGAAAAAGCAUUUCUAAACAAGCUGUAGCAUUGAGUACUUGAUAAGACCUUGACAGGUUUUAAGCAAAAAGGCGGUCAGGAUUCUAAUGAUAAGGAGAAAAGCGUUUAGUUACUUCAAUUCCUUUCCUCUGCAGGGUGUUCAUUUCUACUUUUUUAAACAACUUGUAUCAUUGAUG